AGUCGCUGGGAAGAAGGUAAGAAUGGUAAUGCAGUUUCAGGAGUUAGAAAACCCAGUUCCAAUUAGUCCUUGCCACAGCUGCACGUCACCAGGAUUUGUCAUGGAAAUGAUGAGCGUGAAGCCUGCCAAAGGUGUACUAACAGAGCCAACAGCAGGUCCUCUGGGGCAGAAUCUAGAAGUGGAAACAUACUCACAAUACAACAACAUUCAGUUUCCUCAAGUUCAACCACAGAUUUCCUCUUCAUCCUACUAUUCCAGCCUGGGUUUCUACCCCCAGCAGCCCGAAGAGUGGUACUCGCCUGGCACGUAUGAACUCAAGCCGAUGCCAGCUGAAACUCUCUACCCGGGAGAGACCGAGGUAGCAGAGAUUCCUGUAACCAAGAAGGCCCGCCUGGGCGCAUCAGUGGGGAGAAUAAAAGGAGAUGAGCUGUGUGUCGUCUGCGGCGACAGAGCGUCAGGGUACCAUUAUAACGCGCUGACCUGUGAGGGGUGCAAAGGUUUCUUCAGGAGAAGCAUUACCAAAAAUGCCGUGUAUAAGUGUAAAAACGGAGGCAACUGUGUGAUGGACAUGUACAUGCGAAGAAAGUGUCAAGAGUGUCGACUAAGGAAAUGCAAAGAGAUGGGAAUGUUGGCUGAAUGCUUGUUAACUGAAAUUCAGUGUAAGUCUAAACGGCUGAGGAAAAACGUGAAGCAGCAUGCAGACCAGACCAUUAAUGAAGACAGUGAAGGACGGGACUUGCGACAAGUGACCUCGACAACGAAGUCAUGCAGGGAGAAAACUGAACUCACCCUGGAUCAACAGAAUCUUCUACAUUAUAUUAUGGAUUCAUAUAGCAAACAGAGGAUGCCUCAGGAAAUCACAAAUAAAAUUUUAAAAGAAGAAUUCAGUGCAGAAGAAAAUUUUCUCAUUUUAACUGAAAUGGCUACCAGUCAUGUACAGAUUCUCGUAGAAUUCACAAAAAAGCUGCCAGGAUUUCAGACACUGGACCAUGAAGAUCAGAUUGCUUUGUUGAAAGGGUCUGCAGUUGAAGCAAUGUUCCUCCGCUCAGCUGAGAUUUUCAAUAAGAAACUUCCAGCUGGACAUGCUGACCUAUUGGAAGAGAGAAUUCGAAAGAGUGGUAUUUCUGAUGAGUAUAUAACGCCGAUGUUUAGUUUUUAUAAAAGCGUGGGAGAACUGAAAAUGACUCAAGAAGAGUAUGCUCUGCUUACAGCGAUUGUUAUUCUCUCUCCAGACAGACAGUACAUAAAGGACAGAGAGGCCGUGGAGAAGCUGCAGGAGCCGCUGCUUGAAGUGCUGCAGAAGCUGUGCAGGGCCCACCGGCCUGAGGACCCUCAGCACUUCGCGCGCCUGCUGGGCCGCCUGACGGAGCUGCGGACAUUCAAUCACCACCACGCAGAGAUGCUGAUGUCCUGGCGGGUCAACGACCACAAGUUCACCCCGCUCCUCUGCGAGAUCUGGGACGUGCAGUGAGGAGAUCGCAGGCGCAGGGCUGGCCCGCCAUCGUCCCCCCAGUAUAAGUCUGAUGUGUACCUUUCCUUUACUUCAUUUGUACCUGGUUUCACACAAGAAUGCCGAUGAAUAUUUAUGUAGUAAUUAUGUAACUCCCACAACUGUAAAUACGGGGCUAGGUAGAAUGACUUCCUCUACUUUGUAUUUUACACGGCUUCAGGGACUCUUCAGUUCGAAUUGGCAUGCCCUGUUUGCCUAAUUGAAUUGAUCAUUACUUCAGUUCUAUCUGUUGAAACAGGGAGAAUCUCAUUUCGCUCUUCGUCUUCCCUUAUUGCAUAGAUUUCAUUAAGCAGCUGUGUGCACCUUCGGCAAUAAACUGAACACAAAGGCAA